CUCCAUGCUCGCCGUCACACACGCUACGACAGACUCCAUGUAGUCGUACACACACUAUCCGUGCAUGGACACGCGAAGCGCGCAUCAAAUCGACCUUCUCUCAACGAUAGAUGUGACUGACACCUGUGCCGCCGGCCAGCAUCGAUCCUCGCAAACCUUGGCCCCUGGUACCCGGCCGCCGUUUCCAAGAACCGGUUCAACAAUCGUCCCUAGCUCUGGCCAAGCCAACCUCGACGCCAACAAAAAAGCCCGCCGAUCAGGUCACGGCACUGGAUGCACCUUCCACGAUAGGCACUCAAUCAGGCACCCCGGCUCAGCCCCUUGCGAUCUUCCUGUUUGCGAAGGGAACGGUGUGCGAGCGUGUUGGAACCCAUCUCAUGGCAGGUCAUGGCUCCCAACCUCGGAGGGUGAUUCCGCGCGGGCUAUCUCUACUCUACACCGUUCAUCGCAGGGGAGAGGUUAUUGGCUUCGCUGCCCAGCAAUCGCAUCGUCGCCAAAUUGUGUCUCCCAACGCACGGUUACCCAGGGUUCGUCUGUAGUCUUCCAUCGCCGGGCACUUCGCCCUUGCAACAAGAGCCAACAACUUACUCGCCCGCAAGCUCGUGAGCAACCCUGACCUCCACUCGUCUUGCCUGGCUCGUGCUGUCUAUCGUCUUGGUGAUAAAGUAACUUCUUCCAUCUUCCCCUACGAGCCACAGAUAACAAGCGGAAGCCGGAAGCACCCACGCGGUGAGCGGGCAUCUAUCGACCUACCUCGCCGUUGAUUACGCCUGCAAGUUUCCAAGGCUGAUACCACUGUAUGAUCUCAUCCCUCGCAUCAACCCGAGGAUUGCGUUGGCAGCUAUUGGCCAUCCAAAUUACAAAGGGCAGCGGUGUGUCCUGCACCGGGGUCAAGGGAACCACCCCCCUAUCGGCCCAUUCACCAUCCCAUCCCAAUUCUCGAUUUCUCCGACAUGGCCAUUCGACGUUACAUACCCAGCGGAACGUUUCCCCGUCGUCGGCAUCCUAGUGACAUCAGCCAUGGAAGAUCUCACCUGUUUGGACAUCUGCCACUUUGCACCCGCACCAUUGUCGGCCCUGCUCCGCCGAGCCCUCUCAUCGCGGCGCGGCCUCGCCCCCCAAUAUCAGCCGGGAAGGUCGGGUUGUACAUUUUGGUUCUUGCCUGUCAUGGGCGAGGGGUCUCUUCCCUAGUAAUUCCGACAGAUUUUACGACUUUGCUUAUUUGGAGACCGCCGUUUAUCCAUGCCGAUGCACCAGCACCCACCCCGUCCGUCCAGUCCGCGGGCCGGCCCAGCCCGGCUUACUGAUGACAGUAGAGGAGCAAUGAUCUUUUCCCAAAGGGGCAUGUCAGCUGCACGCGGUUCAUAAUGUGUUGUCCUAGGUGUUGAUAUCAUUGUAUCUAUCAAGGGAUGUUAGAUAUCGAUACCAGCCUUGAUAGAAGCACUCACUUUGGGCAACAGCGCACAACUAGGAUUGAACCCUUUC